CCCUGACCGAGGGAGUGACUGAAUCGGGUCGCAGCCGCCACAAUCGCAUUCCGCACGACUCCUGCUUCCCAGGCCCGCCGGGAUCGCACUCGGCACUAGCUGUGACAGCCAGCUCUGGAAUCCGAAUCCGGCCUUCGCAGGUCCAGCGGAUAGCACCGCAGCGGCACUCCUUCAGGCCGCAGUCUCCCAAAGCUUCCCCACAAGAAUCAACUGAAGAAAAGCUCUGUGCUUUCUAUCUGAUUCAGAUGGUCCUUUCAAGAGGGCUUCGAUUCGCCCAUCGCCUUGCUCACCGUUCUGUGGCUGGAAAGCUCUCACCUAUUCCUGCUUGUAAGAUUUCUAGCACAGAAAAUGGCUGCACAUAUAAUGCACUGCUUAAUUCUAGAUCUCGAUAUGAAAACAGGUCAGCAAUAGAAUGUUACAGUGUACUCAGUAUAAGUGGGAAUGCAACUAGAUUUCAGAGGAAGGAACCUUUUCAUGGGGUACGGCUAUGGAAGUUUUUUAUGCAUUGUAAUUUGUGAAUUAUUAUGCUAGGGGCACCACAAUUGUGGCCCAGGUUUUUUUUCUCACCAUGGGUGAAGUUCUUUCAUCUGCAUAUCAUAUUUAUCCUAUUAUUUUGAUUUUUUGCACCUUGGUUCGAAAUAAUUUACUACUUGAGAACAUUGGUUUUUUUCUGUUGAAUUUUCCCAGACAUUUUCUAUAGCAAGUACAGCAUGAAUGAAACCAUAUGUUGACAAGGAAUCCUGCUAAAUUGACAAAAAUAGUUGAAUUGCAUAAUAUUACCGUCCUGGUUGAAUAUGAUUCAUACCCUUUCUAGGAUCUUAAGUUUCUUCUCGUUCUCCCCUUAGUACCCUAGUAGCUUUCGUUCCAUCCCCACCCAUUAAUUAGCACACAGUUGAAGUUGAUUCAAUGACCUUACAAUAAUAUAGUGCUUUAUCAUGGUUUGGUGUUCUUGGUUUAAUCCUAAUUAAAGUGUAUUUCUAUCCUCUGGCUUUUCUUUUCUUUGGAAGGGCCAAAUAGGGGCAGGUAACCAUUUCAUUCAUUCACGAGUUCAUUACUUAUUGGAGCAAUAUGCCAAUAUGCAUAAAAUCCGCCAAUACUGCAACAAUAACAAUUAGGUGGAGUACUGUUAUUAUAUUUGGAUAAUAAUUUGAUUAAUUUCAUCUUGCAUUUGAGAUACAGGAACAAUUUUGUACAUCAGCCAGCAAUAAGGACACAGGUGAAGCAUUUCAGGAAGUGCAGAAAAUUUCUGUAACAUUUGUAGACAAGGAUGGAGAAGAACAACAGAUAAAGGUACCCAUUGGGAUGUCUAUCUUAGAAGCUGCACAUGAAAAUGAUAUUGAACUUGAAGGAGCGUGUGAAGGAUCACUUGCUUGUUCAACUUGUCAUGUGAUUGUUAUGGAUAUGGAGUACUACAACAAAUUAGAAGAUCCAGCAGACGAGGAAUAUGACAUGUUGGAUCUUGCUUUUGGCCUCACAGAGACUUCACGCCUCGGGUGCCAAAUAAUCGCAAAGCCCGAACUUGAUGGAAUUCGGUUAGCCAUACCCGCAGCCACCAGAAAUUUUGCCGUUGAUGGAUUCAAGCCAAAACCACACUAAUUCAUACACGAGCGUUAUUGAUGUGUAAGCCCUCCUUUUUCUUUCUAGGUGUUCAAAUUUAUGCGUGACUUCAGAAAUACACUUCACAAUCACGCACACAUACAUGCAUGGCAAAGUGAGCGAUUUUGCCAUCUUCGCUUUGCUCUAGUACUUUUU